CCGGGGAAGCUUAGCCGGUUGGUUAACCAUAGCCCCCCACAAAGGUCAGCGCUGCUGCGCUUUGGCCGCGGGCUCCGUUUGUGUGUGUGUUAUAAGUACCUACACCUCACCCCUUGGACCCUUGUCCUCAAGCCACCACACACACAAACAACGAGCGCUGGCUUCUUCUAGCUCGGUCUCAGCCGCCUCGGUCUGACGGUGUCGCGCUUGUUCUUAUACGGCGACGGUGGCUAGCAGCUAGAUAUAGCUUCUUGUCCGCCACCGCAGUUCACACACAUCACACCCCCAAGCACACCACAGAGCUAUAGAUCCACUGGUCAGGACGAGGUGUAGUUUUGGUGAUCGGCGACGAUGGUGAGGCUGCCGUGCUGCGACAAGGAGGGCGUCAAGAAGGGGCCAUGGACGCCGGAGGAGGACCUCGUCCUCGUCUCCUACAUCCAGGAGCACGGCCCCGGCAACUGGCGCGCCGUCCCGACCAGAACCGGGCUGAUGCGAUGCAGUAAGAGCUGCCGUCUGCGGUGGACCAACUACCUCAGGCCUGGCAUCAAACGCGGCAACUUCACCGACCAGGAGGAGAAGCUCAUCGUCCACCUCCAGGCUCUUCUCGGCAACAGGUGGGCGGCGAUCGCGUCGUACCUGCCGGAGCGGACGGACAACGACAUCAAGAACUUCUGGAACACGCACCUCAAGCGGAAGGUGCAGAGCGGUGGCGACGCGGCGGCCAAGCCACCGGCGCACCGGCCGCCGUCGUCGUCGAAGGGGCAGUGGGAGAGGAGGCUGCAGACGGACAUCAACUUGGCGCGCCGCGCGCUGCGGGAGGCCCUGACGCCGCUCGACGACGUCAAGCCCCAGCAGCCCAACGCGGUGGGCGCGGGGACUGGCUGCGGCGACAGCCCGGCGUCGAGCUCGUCGGGCGCGUCGCAGUUCUCCCCCUCGGCGGCGGCGGGGCUGUACGUCCUGACCACCGAGAACAUCUCUCGCAUGCUGGACGGGUGGGCCGGCAGGAAGGGCCGCCGCGGGGGAAGCAGUGGUCCGGGCACACCCGGUGGGGCGGAGAGUGCGUCCGGGUCCUCGGAGGCGUCGGAGGUGUCGUACGGUGGCGCCGCCAUCGUGUCAGCGGCGCCCUCCAUGGCCGGUCCCCUGUUCGAGCACGAGACGAAGCCGGCCGUGGCGGCUCAGCAAACGCAGCUGUCAGCGAUCGAGUCGUGGCUGUUUGACGACGACAGCAACUACCACCAUAUCCAGAGCAGCAGCCUGCUCGACGCAGCCAUGGAUUACCCUUUCUAGCUAGCGUGUUAAGUGAUGCAGCUCAGCUUAAGCUAAUCACUUAAGUGAGGAGUGUUGUUACAGCCCGUCGCCUAAAGAAAACUACAUAGAUCCUACAGUAUGUCAGUGUGGGUUGUUACGAAAUAGUCACUUGAUCUAAGUACUUCACUUAGGAUCUGCGUAGUUUUCAUUUAGAUUUAAACAACAUAGAAUCACUCCUCUGUUAUUAUAUCCCUAAUGUGACUUAAUAUAUUCUUGGGGUUUUAGUUUUCGUUAGCCUUUUGGGUAGAUCCCUUUCUGCAAGUUGCAUCUUGUGUGGGAGAGUGACCACAGUAUGUCACAUACUCGUCAUAAAUUGUACCGCUAUAUAUCACUAACAGAAUUAGUAGAUAGUUUAGUUGGUUU